AUGAUACCGGCCCACAGAGACUUGGCCGCAGCCAACGGUAGCUCCGUCCACGUAGAAAGCGAAACCCAAGCCCAAUACAGACUAGGGCCCCUAUACGGAACCUACAAGUUUGUAGUGGCACGCCAACUGAGCCCAGAGGUCAUCAUCGGCUGGGACUUCAUGCGCGACGUUGGACUGACGCCAGCACCGGACCAAGGAAUUCUCCAACUCCGAGAAGGGGCCACCUUGAAGUUUCUGCCGGUGGAUGGAGCACCGCGGGUCGUGGCGGUAGCCCAACGCCAACCCGAUAUCCACAUGUCGGAAUCCUUGGCAGCAUGGCAGACCAGAGAACUUAAGUUACUGCUGGAGGAGGCAGCAUUCGCCUCGGAUCAGGUACCCUUCGGCAGGGCCACGGGCCGUGAACACGAAAUCGUCACGACACAUGAGCGGCCAGCGCAUCUACCGCUUCGGCGAACUUCGCCCAAUCAAAGAGACAUAGUUAGGACGGAGGUUGAGAAGAUGCUGGCCCAAGGUGUCAUUCGACCAUCAAAGUCCCCGUGGGCAUCGCCAAUAGUGCUCGUGUCCAAGAAAGACGGAUCGACUAGAUUCUGCGUCGACUACCGCUCGCUCAAUGAUAUGACAAAGAAGGACGUGUAUCCACUGCCCAGGAUAGACGACAUACUCUCGGCACUGGAGGGCGCCAAAUACUUCUCCAGUAUGGAUGCUGCGUCGGGCUACUGGCAGGUGCCCAUGGCCUCCAACUCCAUUGAGAAGACGGCCUUCAUAUGUACGGAAGGCCUCUUCGAGUUUCUGAUGAUGCCGUUCGGACUGUGCAACGCUCCCGCUACGUACCAACGGAUGAUGCAGAACAUCCUCAAGGAGCUACUCUGGCGUACCUGCUUCGUCUACUUGGACGAUAUUUUGGUGUUUGACCGGACUUGGGAAGAGCACCAAGAUAACCUGCGAGAGGUGCUUCGUCGGUUGAGGGAAAACGGCCUCUUGCUGAAGGCGCCCAAAU